GAUCGUGCCGCGCACAGUUGAUUCUGUGCAGCCUGCGAACGUACGACGGUGUACUGCUGCGUGGGUGUUCUUAUUUAGCUCAUUUUGUGCGAGAAACGAACGGCUGAAAACGCGCAACAAAUUUGCACGAUCGACUCAGUGAGUGAUCAACCAGCGAAAGUGCAAGAGAGGAAUACCAAGUGGAAAUUCGUCGUGGUUCGACUUGCGUCGCGUAGUCGGAAAAUUCCUCGCACGCGCUUUAAAGCAGUAGCAAUUGCUUUGUGAAAAACUUACGCUCAUUUCAUAACAUUGGCAGUGAAAAAAACGCAAAACUUCCCAGUUUCCGAAAUUGGAAAAUUUAGCUAGCACGGCGAAUACCAUUUUCAGUGGCCGAAUGGAUGAAGAUUCGGUUGAGGAAGUAUAUCGUCCCCGCGGUCGGGAGUUCAGUAAGCUGUCCCUCGUGCACCGUGUCUACUUCGCCUGCAAGGAUGGGUUUCCAAAGCUUUUGCUAGCCACCCUUAAGGAUAUUAGCUGUGAGCACGAUCGCCGGGCUAUCGUUGAGCAGGAAAUCAGCGAAGAUGAGAACCAGAUCCACACACCGUUAAUCGUUGCAGCACUACGAGGUCACUACGAGGUAGUUCGCAUCCUGCUGACCCAGGUACAGCCUAACCUGGAGAAGGAAGGCUGCGUCAAGUUCGACGGUCACCUAAUCGAAGGAGCUUCGGCUUUGUGGGUGGCGGCCGGGGCAGGGCAGUUGAAUAUCAUAAAAUUACUAGUUGACCACGGUGCCGACGUUAAUCAUCAUACGCGAAAUUUAUCAACCCCGCUACGGGCUGCCUGUUUCGAUGGCAGAUUGGACAUUAUCCGUUACUUAGUGGAUCACAACGCGAACAUAAACUUUGCCAAUGCCUAUAAUAAUACCUGUCUGAUGAUUGCCGCCUACAAAGGGCAUGUCGAAGUUGUCGAAUACUUGCUGCAAAAUGCUGCUUUGUCAGAUGAACAAGCCAACUGUGGAGCCACAGCGCUGCACUAUGCGGCCGAGUGUGGCCACCUGGACAUUUGUACUAUCCUACUAGAUUAUGGAGCUGUAUUUAAAAGGAAUGAAUACGGUAUGACGCCAGUGAUCUGCGCUGCGGAAAGAACCAGAGAACCGCUGGUGCAACUUUUUGUUAACAGGCCGAAUCUACUAACACGGGAGGAGCAAAUCGAUGCGCUAGAACUGAUGGGGGCAUCCUUCGCCAAUGAUAAAGAUAACUAUAGCUUGGUUAAAGCUUUUCACUACCUCAUUUCGGCGAUGGAACUGAGAUAUGAAGACAGCGAGAAUAUCAUUCGAAAGCCAAUUCUGCCAUCUGUUCCAGCUUAUGAGAACUGGAUCGAGUGUCAAACAAUGUCAGAUCUGCAGGCCAUUCGCUACAACCACAACUCUCUGCACAUGGAAUCACUUACAAUUCGGGAGCGUAUCCUUGGUCGACACUGUCCGGAGGUAGCGCAUUCGAUCGUUUUUCGUGGCGCGGUGUGCGCAGAUAACGGUCGAUUCGAUAGAUGUGAAAGUCUUUGGCUUCAUGCAAUGCGCUUGAAGCAACAGAAUGCUUUUUCCAUCCAACGUGAUUUGCUUCGGUUUGCACAACUGUUCUCGCAAAUGCUUUCCAUCAACGUGACGUUGCGGUUCGAUAACGUUGUUAAUGUACUGAACGCAUGCAUCACGGAGCUAGCGUUGAACCAACUUAAACUAGUCAAUCCUGGACCGAAGGAUAUAACAGAAGUGAUAUCAGAGGAGUAUGAACUGAAUAUUGUGACGGUUUUAUAUCUAAUCACGAUAAUAACAAAACUAUUGAAAAUAAAGACUAUCGAAGUUACGGAGGAUAACCUGAAAGAUGUGUAUCGGCUGGUCUACAAGCUAAAUCAGAUGUCAGUACGACUGAGAGAUGACCAGUCAUUGCUGCACUUGUCGGUGAACGGAGUCACGCCAGUGGAUGAUUUUCACACGGAUGAUAUAUGUCGAUUUCCUUGUGUUGAUACCGUCAAACUGUUGCUAAAGUGCGGUGCCUCUGUAGCUGUGGUGGAUACAGAUCGAAAUACCCCACUGCACACGCUUUGCUCUACGCUGGAAACUGCCAUCAUUCGGAUGUCCGAAAGCGAUGCCAAAAGAGUGCUUCAAGAGUUGACAGAAACAUUUAUCGACGCUGGAAUCCACCUGGACGCAGUCAACAACGAGGGGCUUAAGGCUUCCCAGGUUUGCCGUCAAAGUUCGAUGGCAACUUUCAUCAAGGGCUACGAAACACGUGCAGCCAACUUGCAGUGCCUGGCCGCUCGAUGCAUAGCUCAGCACCAUGUGGCUUAUAAAAAUGUGAUUCCUCGCCAACUGGAGACAUUUGUACAGUUGCACUGUUGGGAUAAGUUUUGAAUGAAGGUGCCAGAUGCUUCGUUUGUCUUCCAAGCCAAAAGCAACGCAAUAAGCAAUGGUCGUGAUGGGUGCAACUGACUGCUGUGUCUAUGUUAGUCUUUUUAUUUUCUAAAUGAAAUGCUCAUGAUUCGUUACAGCUGGUUUCGGAUGGCAGCACGUCAAUUUGGUAGCUAGAGUUUUAAUAUUGAUUCAACUUUCAAACAGUGUAACGACGAAAAAGAAUGUAACAACGAUUGUGAUUUGUGCUGGUGAGUGGCAGCAGCAUUCAAAACAGCUAGGUUUGUUUAUCUUGUCUCUAUUGUGAUUGCCACGUUAUUAUGGACGACGGUUUUUUUAAAUGAAAUUAAGCCAUGAGAUUAUUUCUUCGCAAAUUGCUGUGGUAAAUGGAUAUUUUACACAAUAGUAAAUAAAGUUAGUAAACUAUUAAGGUUUUUGUCCUGUAUGACGUAUGUUGUCUGUAGGUGGGAGUAUUUAAAUUAUGUUUUAGAGCGUACUUCCACAAGUAUUUUAUUUUACUUUAAUGAAAUCGCAAUUAGGAGAGUGAAAAUUUUAUGAAAGGUAUUAACAAACAUUGGGCAAUCCACAAUGGCAUCGAUAACAUGAACUAAAUAUGCUGGGUGGCCUUAGCUGGGUUGUUUGUUAUGUACGGAGAGAUAGUAGCUAUGAGUGGAGGAUUGAAUGCGGGUAAACUUAGUAUUGGUAGUAUUAUUUUCACUGCUUCAGCUUAUGUCAAAAUUUAUUGCUGUUUGUAUGGUUGGGUUUACCCUAUUUCAUCGGUGCGGUGUGUUUAUCCAUCUAUGAAUAAUAGAUAUUGCAGAAUUGGAGCAGUAGCUGGUGUUGAUUCGGUUGACACAGUUGUUGGUAAUUUUCAUCGUCGAUUUAUUCUUGAAUAAAAAUACUCGAAUAUAACGCUAUAUCUGGGUACAUGACACAAAGCGUUUUGUGCGACGUGAUAAUUUCAUUUUUUCAUACAUCGUCCAUAAUGUUGUGAGUAAAUAAAUAAGCCUUUGAGAGUUGACUAUU